AUGAGUGUGCUGUCAAUAACGAUUUGCAUCUGCUGGCGCCUGCUCCUAUCGUCUCUGUUUCUAGCUGCCUUCAUCUGGAUAUGCUUGCGAACCGUCUACAGAAGAAGCCUUCAGUCCGCUAAUCACCAACGUCGGAAGUCAUUGCUCAAUACUCUGGGAUAUACAGACGCGGAAAAGAAACGCGUAGUGGGAUUUUUUCAUCCUUAUUGCAAUGCUGGCGGGGGCGGCGAACGGGUUCUUUGGACCGCCAUAGCCGGGAUGCAACGCACGGAUCCUGAUAUUGUCAGUGUUGUGUACAGUGGAGAUGUCGAUGCUACAAAAGAAGAGAUUAUCGCAAAAGUCAAGUCGAGGUUCAAUAUCGAACUGGAUCCUACACUUUUGCACUUUGUAUUCCUUCGUUCGCGAUACCUGGUCGAAGAUUCUGCCUGGCCCAGAUUCACGCUACUCGGCCAAAGUCUGGGUUCCAUGCGCCUUGCUUGGGAAGCCAUGCACCAACUCAUACCAGACCUAUACAUUGACACAAUGGGAUACGCGUUCACUUUUCAUAUCGUUUCUUUGUUGGGCAAAAUACCUAUCGGAGCAUACGUUCACUAUCCUACUAUCAGCACAGAUAUGUUGGCUCGCGUUGAAUCCAGGAAGAAAUGGCACACAAAUACAGAUGCAAUCUCAUCUUCUAUUAUUUUAAGCCGUAUAAAGCUUCUGUAUUAUCGCUUAUUCAUGUACUAUUACGCCCAUUCCCUCCGAGCGUGCAAUUUCAUUAUGGUCAACUCCUCUUGGACGAAGAACCAUGUCGAUUCUAUUCUAAACCACUCCGACACGCUUAUGGACGCACUUCACCCUCUACUCGCCUUCAAGUCUCUUAUGACCAAGAAUGCACCUGAGCACGCCAGAAUUGUGUAUCCGCCUUGUGAUACCAGCGAAAUGGCCCAAUUCCCUUUAUUACCCCGCGAACGUAUUGUGUUAAGUGUCGCCCAAUUCAGGCCAGAGAAGGAUCACAAAGAGCAACUAAACGCAUUCCAUCUGCUUCUAGAAAAAUUCCCAGAAUACAAGGGAGAGGGGGGAAAGGGUGUAAAAUUGGUGGUUGUAGGUGGAAGUCGUAACGAAGGCGACGCGAAUCGCGUCGCAGAACUUCGCAAGCAAGCUCAGGAACUUGGAAUCGAGCCAUAUACAGACUUUAUUAUCAAUGCAUCUUAUCCUAUUGUCUUGGACUUGCUAUCAAAGGCCAGUAUCGGACUCAGCACCAUGGUGGAUGAACAUUUCGGAAUCAACGUGGUAGAGUUUAUGGCUGCUGGGGUUAUCCCCAUCGCACACGCUUCUGGGGGUCCAUUGAAAGAUAUCAUUGUCCCCUUCAACGGAGAACCGACUGGAUUUCACGCUCGCACUACGCAGGAGUUUGCGGAUGCAAUGCACACCGUUUUAUCUUUGAACCCUGAGGAGGAGUCCGGGAUGAGGUGGAGAGCGCGUGCAUGGGCGGUUCAAAGAUUUUCAGAAGAAGAAUUCGAAAGGGGGUGGAACGAGAGCGGUUGGCGAUUGUGGCUAACAUCUCCUCGGAAGGUCGAGUAA